GCCUUGACAGGACACAAUGCUUCCUGUUUUUGUCAGUGUGGCAGACUUUGUUAGACAGUGCGUGUUGAUUAAAGAGGAAGCAAAGGAAGCUUUUCAGACUUGUAUAAUUUUGCACGAGAGGCUGUUUGAAUCUAUUAUUUGCAGAUCUGUAUAAUAAGAUCUCUUGAGUAUUGGACGGACAAACUCUUUCAUUCCAUGAAACUGGACUACUGUUUAUCAGGACUGUGGAUAAGUUUCCAAGAAUUUUUUUGGGGGUAAAUUAUACAAUCUUAAAAGGUUCUUUGGAGCCAAGCCAUUGAAGAACCACUUCUUCCUAGAGAACUUUUCAGUAGAUGAUUUUGUAAAGGUGAUGUGCGAAUGUGACCUUUUUUAUUUCAAAGAAACUAUAGUGUAACUGUUCUGUAACAAUUGAAGGUUUCUCCUAGAACUGUCCAAACCAUGAAUUGUUUUAGGAACCCUUAUUUUCAGUGUCUAUGAUGGGAAGUGUUGUAAAUACAGUGAUGCUUUGUCUUGGCAGCACAUUCCUCUCUAUUCUGUAAUUGAACUCUUUGUUUUGUGCUUGCUUUCCCCAUCAUCUUCCUCUGGUCUCUGCCUUCAAUCUUUUGUUGUCAGCCCCAUCAGGGAGGGUUCUCAGUCUAAAAGCAAAGCAGUAUGGCAUGAAUGUUGAGCUUUCCUGGGAAGACAUGAUUGAAGAGGAGAAGAAGGGCUUUUUAUUGGGAUAUAUUGUGUCUUACAAGCGUCCCAAUGACGAUCAAAAUGAAGAUGGAGACAAAAAAGAUGCAUUUCUUCAAGAGUCACUGAUUGUAGGCCCCAGUGUUCGAACACAUACGCUGUUGAAUCUUCGUCCUGGUGACUAUACAUUUACAGUGAAGGCCUUUACAUCUGCAGGAGAGGGUCCUGGAUCUAAUAUCACUCUCUCAGUGGAUCAGCAGGUUUACACAUUGGUUUUCAGCAUUCUUAUAGCUUUGGGUACAUUAGCCUGUGUCAUUGCCAUGAUUGUCCUUUGCUGCAGCAAGAGGGAAUGAGGUCUCACCUACAUCAUGGAUAAGAUUCUGCUUGCAGAAAGCGAGACGCUUAUGGUGAAAAAUCCAGAACCUUGUCCACAAGGUAUGCUACAGGUGCAGAAAGC